UCAUCAGUGCAAAGUCGAAAAUCUGGCGGUAAACACUGCUGUAUCGCGAUCCGCGAGAAAAACAUAAAAAACAAAAGCAAAACAAAAAACGAAAAAAGAAAAAACAAACAAAAACCCGCCAGCCAACCGAAGGAGAUGAAUCGAACUUCGCUGUCCAGUGGCAGCACCAGCCGCAGACUUCCGGCUCUCUUGUUUGUCCUGCUGCUCUGCCUGGUGGCCAGGACCAACGGUCGUCCUUCGCAAGAGGACGAGAGCGACUUGGCCAUCAUUCCGCCGGAUGCCGACAAUGUGGAGAUCCAUAAGGUUAAAAUAGUGAACGGUGUCAUGCAAGAAGAUCAUCCGGUUAUCAUGUACAAGGAGGACUUCGUCAGCGAGGAUUAUGAUCCAACAAAAAGCGAAACAAAUCCUAGUCACCACAAGAAGCAUAAGCGGACGCGGCUCCAUCAUGCAAAGCAAGUAACUGGAACAGAAAAGAAGGAGGACCAGAUCCUUUUCGAUAUUCUGCCCGACAAGCCGAUCGUCCUGGAAGAGGACCUCAAGGCUCUCCCACACAGCAAAGUUGGGGCUGCCCAACUGGCGGAACCCAUCAAGGAAGAGUGGCUGGCUAAGCAUCCCAAGAAGUACCACAGUCGCCAGCGACGACAGGCUCCUGUAAGCUUUGAGAAAGUCCUGCAAUACUACUAUGGCACUCCGGAAAUAAAAUUUGUGUCUCCCUUAACUUAUACGCAUUUUCGCAUUUCAGUGAAGGGUAAGAAACCCCAUCUGGUGGGGCCUCCGAAUCGUAGGAAUCAGGGCCAAGAGAAUAUCCCAACGCCAGACUCGGUCGAUUCUAGAGGAGAAUUCGAUUUAAUACACAAUUCAAAUCAAGCGGAUGCGGAUUUCUCGAUCUACAACCGUUCGUCUACGACUACUGCCAGGCCAAUCUUUCAAAUCAAUGAUAGUGACUUUGUGACCUCGGCACCAUCGUGGCGUCCGUCGAACAGCAUACGCCGGCCGCCCCCCACCCGCUCCCCCGUUGUGGGACUGCCCACCAUGCGGCCCAACGCAAGGCCUGUCCCACAAACAGGGGGGGUCGAUAGUGAGCCCAAGGUCAGCAGGUGUGUGUGGGCGAUCGUCAACUGCUGCACGGGCGAGAGCAAGAAGGUGCGGUACAACUGCUUCGAGGAGUUCGGAUGCCAUGGAGCCUUCUGGGACAUCAAUCCGUGUGCCGAUGAGGGCGUGAAGCAAGGUGCGCUCACCAAGGUCCUGGACGCCUUCCAAAACCAAUGAGCAUUGAAUUGAUCCACUGACUUGCUCAGAUUGUCUCAAACGCAAGCUUAAUUUAUUUUAAACAUAGAUUAAGUUAUAGCAUUUGUAAAUAUACACCACUAGCAUUUGCAUAACAAUAUUUCGAAUUUUAAAGCGUAACAGUAUCACUAAAAGGCUGUCGUGAAUAAUUGAACUUUAAUAUUGAAGAGUACACCAAUGCUGAAUAACAAUGCUAAUCAAAUGCGUUACUCGUUUGAAUACUUUAAAUGUUGAUACAAUGUGGAGAUUUCUAAGGGUGCGUAGAUAUGGUAAUGGGUAUCUCACAGUCGGGACACUCGACUGUACCAUCCUUUUAUGUGUUUUUCUUCUUUUUAUUCAAGCUUCCAUAACCCGGUGAAGGACACAACUAACAGAGGGUUUGGUUUCCAACUGCCACACACAUAUAUUUUUUCAGCUGUGCUGUCAAUUAUCGCAUCCACUUCGUUACAUCCAAAAACCAAAUUAAAAUUUAUCCAUUUACUCUUACGACUUGAAUAUGUUUGUUUAAUUGGUUGCCAAUCGAGUGUCCAGCCGGAUUACAUCGCUCUCAAUUCAAUUGCAAUUACACAAUCCCUUCAGCCAUAUCAAUUAACCAGCUGCCAGGAGUCCACUGGCCAUUGAUGGCAUAUUUUUUAAUUGGCCGUCUAUAUCGUGCCGCAGAACACAAUUUACACCUACAAAUCCAAUUGCAGCUGGAUUGUUUUGGAAACACACUAAAGGAUAUAAUUAUGUAUCUUGUUCCUUCAUAAUUGGCACAUGCAUGCACACGUACACAGAACCAAAUGAUAUGGUGAUAUACUAAGCGUAAAUUAACUUUUCAUAGAGAUAUGUAUGUACUUCCCUGU